AUGGGACAUAGACGAUUCUUGCCAAUGGAUCAUAGGUGGAGAAAGGAAGCAAGGUCGUUUGAUGGUACCCAAGAAUUAGAUCAUCCGCCUCCUAUGCCAACUGGUGAUGAAAUAUGGAGACAAGUUCAGGGUAUUGACAGUGUCAUUGAGGCUAUUAGGAAAAGACCGAAUAUUGUUCAAGUGGAUUAUGGUUGUUUUACAAUGACUAAGAAGGAGAAAAAGGACUUCUUGAAGGUUAUACAAAAUGUAAAAGUGCCUGAUGGAUAUGCUUCAAACAUUUCGCGUUGUGCCAAAGUUGAAGAAUGUAGUCUUGUGGGUUUGAAGAGUCAUGAUAGUCACAUUCUAAUGCAACACCUUAUGCCAAUUGCUUUACGUGGAUCCUUAACGAAAAAGGUUGUGGAACCUUUGAUUGCGUUGUCUGGCUUUUUUAGAGAGAUUUGUUCCAAAACGCUACGAUUAGAAGAUUUGGAUCGACUUGAGUCUCGAAUCCCUUACAUAUUAUGCCAAUUGGAAAGGAUCUUCCCACCCGGAUUUUUCACAGUAAUGGUGCACCUCCUCGUACACUUGGCUACUGAAUGUAAGCUAGGUGGACCUGAUCACUAUCGAUGGAUGUGCUUACGUAGCUAUAAGGGUUACAUACGCAAUAAAGCUGCACCUGAAGGUUCUAUUGCUGAAGGGUAUGUAGCUGAGGAAUUACUGACUUUUUGUUCGCGCUAUUUGGAAUCCUCGCAAACGGUAUUCAAUAGACCACACAGAAACCCUGAAGAUGCUAGAGGAGAGGUCAAGAGUGUUAGUCUUGAUGAAAAAUUGUGGGUUCAGGCACAUCGAUAUAUACUCUUCAACUCUGAUGAUUUCAUUCCAUUUCGCACGAUGCAUAAGGAGGAGCUAAGGACAAGAAAUCGUAGGGAUCGCCGACCGGCAAAUGAACUAGAUAAGUUGCACAGAGAUCAAUUUUGUGAUUGGUUCCGGGGCUUUGUUGAGAACAUGGAUGACUCACGAAGAAAUGAACUUGAUGAUAAAAUUAAAUCUCAUUCCAUAGGUCCUGUAAAGCUAGCCCUAAAAUUUAAGCGAUAUGUAACGAAUGGCAUGAUGUUUCGCAUUAGAGAUUCUGAAAAUGGUAAAUCAACACAAAAUAGCGGAGUUUGUGUAUCCACUGAAGAUGACACCCCAUACUACGGCCAAUUAACACACAUAAUUGAGGUGCAGUAUUAUGAUGGAUCUCGAUAUGUACUCUUCAAGUGUGAUUGGGCAAACAUUGCUCUGGGUAGGGGUUACAAGAAUGAUGAAUAUGGCUUUAUCCUUGUGAAUUUUUCGCGUCUAAUACACACUGGGAAGCGGAUUACUGAUGAUCCAUUUGUAUUGGCUUCCCAAGUUUCCCAAGUAUAUUAUGUAGCUGAUGAAAGAAUCCCGAACUAG